ACUAAUUUUAUUUUUACAUAUUUUUGCUCUGAAGGAUUUGCAACAGAACUGUUGGUGAUGAUAUGGAAGACAUACAUUUUUCUUCCAAGAGAUACUCCUUAGCCGGUAUGGCCGGUGACAUUGAUGCUUCUAUGCCACAAGGGUAUGAUGAAGUAACCUAUAUCCAAGAAUUCCAACAAGGAGACAAAUUUGAUAUUAUAGAAGAAGAAAACAUAGAAACGACUUUGAAUUAUGAGACUACUCCUGUAAUAUCUCUAAAGGAAAAUGUUGAUGAGUCCAUGGAUGCAUAUGAAACAGUGAAUGUUAUGAAGGAAGCAGAAGGCAGCUAUGAGGAAAUAAAAUCAAUACAAGGCUUUGCCAUGAAUCUGUUGUCUGGUGAUGUUCAAACUAUGACACCUGAAUUAGAACACAUCAGUUCUUUACCACAUUAUGAUACUGUAACAGCAUUUAAGGAAGAACAAGAAUAUUUGGAUAGCAGUGAAAAUUACCAGCCACAGGAAGAUGUUUUAGACCCAGCAAGUAAAAGCAGUGAAAUUCAUAUCAUAGAAGGAGCUCCAGAAAAUCCACCUCUGAUGUAUGAACUAACUCCUAUUAAUAAAUUCGAUGAUGAUGUAAGUGGAUCAGAAGAUGAGGGAGUAGAAACAGCAGACACUUCUGAGCAAUAUGCUAAAUCUGAAAUGGAAGAUAAAAGACAGGGCAGCAUAAAAAUAGAAGAAGGAGAAGACCGUGACAAAUUUUCCUUUUUAAAGUUCCGCAUGUCAGAGUAUGCAGCAGAUCCUGCUCAGGAUCAAUCUGUAACAGCAAAGGCCAUACAAACACCCAGACAAGAUAGUUACAAGAAAACAGACCCAACACAGGACGUGUCCAAGAAGUUGUAUGACAGUUAUUACGCUCUCAAUCAGCAAAGCACGGAAUCUGGAUUACAACGUAGCAGAUGCUAUCCAUCAUUUUGUGUCAAGGGAACAACAUCAAGUAAAAGCAUAGAACAGCUACAGGCACAGGCAUCUUCUCAAACACUUUUAAGGAGUCAGAAGAACUACAGUAAUGAAGAACUAAACACCGAACUCUCCAAAAUGAAAAAACUCCAUGAAAAUCUGGAUAGAAAAAUACUGGAUAAAUGUAAACAAAUUUAUUUGGCUGAGGAAGAAAUUGGCAAAGCAUGGUCAUCUGAACUGAACAAUACUUAUGAGAAUUUAGCAGUGGGGAAAACAGAACACUUUUUAGAGGAACAACAGAAGAGUUACUUGCCCACUACUUUCCCCAUGAAACUUUCACAGUCAUCUAACAUUGGAGAUUCUAGCUACAGUUCACUGCGCAGUGCCCACGUCAGAGCACAAGAGAACACGCAGAGUCCUUACCCAAGGUGGCAGCCAUCAUAUCGCAGCACAAUGAGCCCUUCAAACAUGCAGUUGCUGGAGAUGGAACCAGACCAUCCAGGCUCCUCUGAAGACACUUAAAGGAAAAGUCAUCUCUAAGUGAAGAGCUUGUUUUGCUUUCAAAACAUUACAAGCAUUUGCAAAUAAGAAUUGCCCUUGCUUGACUGCUCAUAUAACAUUUUAAUGAUGCUCAAUUCUAAACAUGAUGUCAAAAUUUCAUUAAACUGUUGUGUAUGAUAAUACA